UCAAAUGUUAUUGUAAGAAUUAUAGUUCUUAAUUGUAAAUUUAUUUAUUAUAAUCACAUAAUUUUCAUAGUUUGAUUUUUUCGAUAGUAUUUACUAUUAAAAACAUUGUUUGACUCUUUCAAUUUAACAUAGCUUCACUAUUUCCGCCAAACGUAACGUCUUAUUUUGUUUCCCGUAAAAAGACGUCAUUAAAUUGUUUUACGGUGACGUCAUUAACCGUUACUUUGAUAUGUUGUUUUGCCUUGGGCGGAAGUGCUUAAAUUGUUGAUGUGUUUUGUUUAUUGAUGUUUUCCAAUGGAAAGUAGAUCAUAAUCGAGAAUCGCAUUGUUGUAUCACAUUGAUAUAUUAUUCCAUGAAUGAGAAUAAAGAAAAGUGUUGAAAUCUGCGCAUUCUUGACUAUUUUUAACGGAAAACAUCUACAAUUCUCGAUUUACAAUUCUCGAUUAUGAUGAGACGAAAAUGCCGUCAACAAAUAGUGCGGAAACUUUGAAUCAGGAGUUUGUCAGUGUGAAGAGAUCAAGAAGUGCAAAUGGCGCUCAACUGACGAAACUAUAUAAUGAACUUGAAAGGAGUAUGAUGUCCUUCAAUAAUAUUGAAGAGGUUAAACUACUAAACAGUAAAUUAUGUGAACGCUUUGAACAUUUCAAAUCAGUGCAUUUACAAUGUUUAGAUUUGUGCGCGCAACCGGAAGUUGUUGCAGACUUGGAAGCGAACUUUGAGAGCUGUUUAAAGAACUUUGAAGAAUUCAGGGAAAGAUUUUCUCAGUGGAUCGCGGGAGCUAUUGGACCGCAUGAUGGAGAAAAUAUUCCUGUAGAAAAUGACGCAGAGUCAAAUGUCAGCCAUGGAAGUUCACGUACUUCAGUCUCGUCGCGCCGGAAAUUACAAAGUGCUAAAGCAAAGCGUUUAAUAGCAGAACACAAAUUAAAACAACUUAAAAAGAAACAAGAACUUGAACGAGCUCGCCGGGAUCUUGAAAUGAAACAACAGUUGUUAGAUCAGCAGUCGAAAUUAGAAGAAGCCGAGAUAGAAGAAAUGGUGUGGUUAGAAACAACACAGGAAGAAACCGGGGUCAUAUCUAACAAUCAAAAUGCUCAGCCUGACGUACAAAAUAAUAUGACUAAUCAUAUUCAGGUGAACAACCGUACAGAUUCUGUGAGAAAUAUAACUUUGACACAGCCCAGACCAGAAAUAAACAGAUCGUGUAUACCGGAAGUUGACAGUGAGACAUCGAACAUUGACAGAUCAUUUCAAAGAUUGGCGUCAGCACUUCAUGAAGGAUUCAACUUACCGAAGCCAGAACUAUUGACAUUUGAUGGGAAGCCUGAAGGAUACUGCAAAUUUAUCAAAAACUUUGAAACAAACAUUGAAAGCAGAAUAAGUGACAAUAAUUUAAAGCUAAGUUAUCUCAUUCAGUAUUGUACAGGUAAGGCAAAAUCUAGUAUAGAAGAUUGUGUUUUGUUAGAACCGGAAGAAGGUUAUAAACGUGCUAGGUCAAUAUUAUUGUCUAGAUUUGGCAGACCACAUUUAAUUGCAAGGUCUUACAUUGAUAACUUGGUAAAUGGUGCUCAGAUUAAAGCGUCCGAUGUUGAAGGGCUAUCUAAAUUAUCUUUAGAGAUGCAGAAAUGUGAAAUUACACUUUCUCAGUUAGGAUUUUCCUCUGAUAUUGAUAAUACAGAAAAUUUAAGAUGCAUUGUUAGGCGGCUCCCAACACAUAUAAGAGUAAAAUGGGUAGAAGUAGCACAUUAUAUAAAUGAGUCAGGUAGAGUGCCGCGCUUUUCAGAUUUGUCUAAAUUUGUAGACGAAAAAUCACGUAUCGCUAACUCCAUGUAUAGCUAUGAUCUUUGUAAAAACAAUGAUUUUAUCAAGAAAGAAACCAGAAACAGUUCUGGCAAAUAUUACAGUAAUGAUAGACCAAAGGUUACUACUCUAAAUACACAUACUGAAGAAAACGGUCAUGAAAGUAGUAAAUGCAUUUGUUGUUCAGGUAACUGUGCAGAGUUAUCACUGUGUAACAAGUUCAAGUCAAUGAGUCUCAAUGAUCGUUAUAAACUGGUAAGAUCACUUAAAUUGUGUUACAAUUGUUUAAAAGGUAAACAUUUUACAAACAAGUGUAGAAAACCAAAAAUGUGUAAUGUUACUAAUUGUAAUGUAAAACACCACAUUUUGUUACAUAGUUGGGUAAAACCCGAUAAUGGCCACACAGCAGUGCAGUCGUCGUGUAACUGUGCAGCAACAGAAGGUUCUACUGUAAAAAAUUGUCUGGGUAUUAUUCCUGUAAUAGUUAAGGGUGGGGACGGUAGUUCUUGUCAGACAUAUGCCCUGCUAGAUGAUGGAGCCGAUAAAACCUUGUGUGAUGAAAGAUUGUUACGGAGCCUGAAUAUAACCGGUAAGCCCGUCACAUUCCGGAUGUCUACGGCAAACUCACGUGAAGGUAUUAUACAUGGUCAGGAGGCCGACUUAGAUAUUCAACCUAUCGAUGGAAAUGAAAGUAUUACCGUAAGAAAAGUCUGGUCAGUAAAGUCAUUACCGAUAUCAACUCGAUCUGCAGCUAAAUAUGCAGAUAUCCGAAACUUACCGUACUUAUCCGGUAUAAAUAUUCCAGAUAUAGACACUAAUGACGUUAUGAUGUUAAUAGGGACGGAUUCACCUGUUGCACAUAUACCGCUAGAAGUGAAAUUCGGAAAUAGCGAUGAACCGUACGCGAUACGCACUCGUCUUGGAUGGGCUAUACGCGGUCCAGUCCCAACUAUGAAAGAAUCCAACGAUAUUAAUAUAAAUUUCUUUGAGUCACGUGACAUGUUGUUACAGCAACAAAUUGAGCGUUUGUGGACAACAGACUUUAAUGAUAAAUCACAAGUGAAGAGUUGCAUGUCUGUAGAAGAUAAAAAUGCUAUGAAAUCCAUGGAGUCAACAUUAACUCGCGAGGAUGGUCAUUACAAGCUUGGUCUUCCUUGGCGUGACAGAAAUUCAUCAUUCGUGAAUAAUAUACCGCUUGCCCAAGCCAGAUUACAGCAGUUGAAGCGCAAGUUGUCAAAUGACAAUAAUUUGCAUGAUAUGUACAGAACUACUGUGAAUGAUUACAUUGCGAAUGGAUAUGCAUCUGAAGUGGAUCACAUUGUACCAGAAACAAAGCGGGUUUGGUAUUUGCCGCAUCAUCCCGUGAUAAAUGUUAACAAGCCGGGAAAACUAUGUGUAGUGUUUGAUUGUGCUGCUAAAUACAAAGGAAUGUCGCUUAACAGUCAACUUUUGCAAGGACCUGAUUUAAUGAACAGUCUAGUCGGUGUACUUAUAAAGUUUAGACAGGAACGAAUAGCAUUUAUUGCAGAUAUUGAAGCAAUGUUUCACCAAGUUCGUGUUAUCGAGGAAGAUCGUGAUGCUUUAAGGUUUCUCUGGUGGCCUAAUGGAGAAUUGGACAAGAUUCCUAAGCAAUAUUGCAUGAAUGUCCAUUUAUUUGGUGCUACAUCUUCUCCGAGUUGUGCUGCGUAUGCACUUAAAAGAACAGCGAAAGAUUUCUCGCAUCUGUUUAAACCGGAAGUUGCGCUGACAGUUGAGAAGAAUUUUUACGUUGAUGACUGUCUAAAGUCUGUCCCAUCUGAGCAGGAAGCUAUUGAUUUGGCUAUGAAUUUAAAGAAAAUGCUGUCUUUGGGAGGAUUUCGCUUAACAAAAUGGCGCAGUAACAGUAGAAAUGUUUUAAAGACAAUACCGGAAUCAGAUCUUGCCAAAUCGGUUGUCAGCUUAACCCCUGGUGAAAAAUGUAAUGACAAAGCAUUGGGUAUUAUUUGGGACGUAAACAAUGAUACAAUUAAGUACAAGGUUGACUUAAAAAGUAACCCUUCAACGAGGCGCGGGAUAUUAUCAACACUAAGUUCAAUAUUUGACCCUCUUGGACUUGUGUCGCCAAUAAUUCUGAAAGCAAAGUUCAUUAUUCAGAACUUGUGUAGAGAAAAGCUAGGCUGGGACGAGCAAAUUCCGGACAACUAUGAUGAAGAAUGGCAAAGUUGGUUACAUUUCCUGCCGCGAUUGGCCGACAUCACGAUAGAUCGAUGUUUCCUACCACCAGGAUUUGGAUCAGUAAUUAAUGCACAGUUGCAUAUUUUCAGUGACGGGUCGGAAGUAGGUUACGGCGCAUGCGCGUAUUUGAGACUCACUGACAACACGGGGAAUAUAACAUGCUGUCUCGUCAUUGUUAAAUCUCGUCUAGCCCCCAUAAAACAAAUAACUAUACCGAGACUGGAACUAUCUGGAGCUGUGGUCGCUUGUCGCUUAUAUCAAUGUCUUGCUGAGGAACUCGAUAUUAAGAUAGAUGAAGUUACGUUUUGGACGGAUUCGAUGAUACUACUAGGAUAUAUCAGAAAUACUUCAAGAAGAUUUAAAACAUUCGUCGGAAAUAGGCUUAGCAUCAUACAUGAUACUACAAGUCCAAAUCAAUGGCACCAUAUUGAUUCAAGUUCAAAUCCAGCAGACAUAGCUUCAAGAGGUAUCAACGCUUCUGAGACAGACAAAUUAGAUGUUUGGCUGCAUGGACCAACAUUUCUUAGUAAAGGUAGGGAUCACUGGCCUAAGUAUUCAGGUAAUAAUAUCCCGGAAGUGAGUGAAGAUGAUGUCGAGGUUAAGAGAGAAAUUGCUAUUAACGUUACCACUUGUGAUACUAUUGGGAAGAUAAUUGAAUACUACUCUGAUUGGUUCAAACUUAGACGUGCAGUGGCAUGGUUUUUGAGAUACAAGGAUUAUUGCAAACAGCGAUAUCUGCAUCAUGAUGUAGUGGUUGAAAAAGGUAAUCUCACCUUGUCUGAACUUAAGACAUCUUCUCACGCAGUUGUGAAAUACGUUCAGAUGGAAUGCUUUGCCGAUGAGGUAAUAAACUUGCAAAAAGGAACUAAUGUUAAAGGUGAAAGUCCGAUAGCUUCAUUAAAUCCAAUACUUAAAGAUGGUUUAAUACGUACAAAAGGACGCAUUAUUUACCAUGAUGAAACGAAAUGUCCAAUCAUUCUACCCGAAACGGCAUCAUUUAACUACUUUAAUGAUACGUUUUUUACCACGAAAGUCAAGGUCACGUCGGAGUACAACAAGUUUUAGCAGCUACACGAA